UUGUGAUUAUGGCAUUUUUAUCUAGUAAGAGUUCAAUAGCUGCUCACUUACGAUCUCCUUUUCAGAAGACGGAAGAUCCGGUUUCGCUGUCGCGUCGUAGGUUGCACGUCGAACCUGGGGCUCGUGAGAAAGCUCUACUGGCAGAAGACCCGAUUCUCAAUAGAUACAAGUCGAGUAAAGAUGGUGUUCGGCGGUUGAAAAGACUCGGGGAUGUUCUCACAAUUGUUGUUGUGGCAGGAUGUUGCUAUGAAAUUUAUGCCAAGAAGUUCGGAAACAGGCAAGGACUGGCAACUGAAAGUUAAAGAUUGUGCUUGUCUGGGAGUUUUUUUUUAUUUGCUUGGCAACAAUCUUUAGACCUUUUAUUGAUUUUUGCCUAAUUGUUAGAAUAAGCCGAACUAAUAUGUUAUGAAAAGCUUGAAUGUAAGGCUUGAUGUUCUGCUGAUCACAUGUUGGUCCCUAUCUUUCAUGAAAAUAACUGAUAAUUUCAAUUGAUAUGGUCAAGCUUUCUGCAUUAUGUUCCUGGUUCAUACUAAUGUUUUGGGCAAUAAAUGGGAUAAACGAAGCCCGUUGUAUUUUAA